AAGAAAGUGGACUUGGCGCAUUUUCAUUUUUGGUGUUCCUUCCACCAUCCAAAGUGGAUGCACCUUCAAAGAUGUCUACACGACACACAACAAUCUAUGUUAGCGGACUAUCUCCUACCACAAAUGAAAAUGCACUCUUAUCAGCAUUUCAACCAUUUGGAGAAAUUGUAGAAAUUCAUCUUCCAAAGCAUCGAAAUGCGACCACGAAUGGAGGACCUGCCUCGACUGAAUCAAGUAAUCAUAGAGGAUUUGGAUUCAUCGUAUUUUCUUCUGCUGAGGAUGUGGAAGGUGCAAUAGAUAAUAUGCAUCUAAACGAAAUCGAAGGCCGUGUCAUCACUGUUACACCAGCUAAACCAAUCAAAUCUGGAACUUCACUUAAUAGCGCUGGCUUCGAUUCUAGAAAACCGGUUUGGGAAGAUGAGGAAUGGAUCAAACAGUAUGGAGGAGGGCAGGAUGAAGUGACUGAUGGCACGCAACCUGCAGAUGCAACAACCGCAUAAUCCCCUAUCAUGGACUCAAAUCACAUUCACAAUGCACUGUACACUAGAUCAAAUUAUGUAUUACAAGGAAUCAAUGCUUACAAAUC